AUGGAGACCCUCCAGCAGGCGUUCCAGAAGGUGGAGAAGAUCGGGGAGGGCACCUAUGGCGUGGUGUACAAGGCUCGCAACAAGCGCACGGGGCAGCUGGUGGCCCUCAAGAAGAUCCGCUUGGACUCGGAAACAGAGGGCGUCCCCAGCACAGCCAUCAGAGAAAUCUCACUGCUGAAGGAGCUGAAGCACCCCAACAUAGUCAGGCUCCUAGAUGUCGUGCACAGCCAAAAGAAGCUGUAUCUGGUAUUUGAAUAUCUCAAUCAGGACCUGAAGAAAUAUAUAGAUUCCUCCCAAACUGGAGAGUUUCCUUUAAGCUUGGUCAAGAACUACCUUUUCCAGCUGCUGCAGGGUGUGAGCUUUUGCCACUCACACAGAGUCAUCCACAGGGACUUGAAGCCACAAAACUUGCUCAUCAAUGAAGCAGGAGCCAUCAAACUGGCUGAUUUUGGUCUGGCAAGAGCUUUUGGAGUUCCCUUGCGGACAUACACUCACGAGGUGGUGACUUUGUGGUACCGAGCCCCUGAAAUACUCCUGGGAUGCAAAUACUAUUCAACUGCUGUGGAUAUCUGGAGUAUCGGCUGCAUCUUUGCAGAAAUGGUGACCAGGAAAGCCCUGUUUCCAGGGGACUCUGAGAUCGAUCAGCUCUUCCGGAUCUUUCGCACCCUGGGUACUCCCACUGAGGCGACCUGGCCUGGGGUGACACAGCUGCCUGACUACAAGGGGGACUUUCCUCGGUGGAGAAGGAAAGAGAUGAAGGAAAUCGUUCCCAACUUAGAUCGAGAUGGCAGAGACUUACUGGCACAAUUGCUCCUGUACGACCCCAGCAAGCGCAUCUCAGCCAAGGCAGCCCUCAGUCACCAGUACUUCUUCUGGAAAAGCCCGCAGAGCACCGAAGAGCAACGUGUGAUGCAGAGACACUGCAGAUGAAGUGAUGCAGCUCUCCCCGUGCUGUGUACCCCUGGCUAGCAGCGCAGAUCUGGUUUGGGGCACUUAGCAGGGGACUAGCUGGGGCUUGGGGCCUCACUUCUGAGGAGCCCUGAGGGGAACAUUCUUGCAGUUAGAGACUCUCAGCCUGUUGCUGGAGGAGGAUUUGCCUAGGUUAUGGCCAGUAGAGCUGUUUUGAAGAGGUCGUGUGGAAAGGUGGGGUUAUUUAUCAUCAUAAAACACUGAUAUGUAAGUGGUAGAGCAUAAUUGUCCUUCAUUAGCCAGCAAGCUAAGGUGACACACGGUGUUCUGGAGCAUCACCAGCUCUUGCUGCAGGUCUGACGGUGGCAGUUCCUGACACCAGGGUGUGCUGGAGCUCCACCGUGGGUAGGACAGCACUGCUCUGCUCCGCUGGUCGUUGCUGUUAACAAGAACCAGGUUUGUCAGUGUUAGACUCAUUGUUUAAGUUGAGCUGUUUAAUAGAGCUAACAUUCUGCUGUUUUGCAAGCUGAAGAGUGCUGUAAGGUAUCUGAACUUGUGUUUUAGCUGGGACUGAGAAGCCAGAAGAUCCAGUUAGCGUAAAGCACUUAGGUUGGAAACGGUGACAGCUGAAACACCAGCUUUCCAUCAUCGGUCCAGAUGUAACACUGCUUCCUUUGCUUUAUUGUCUUGGAAAAGUUUUUGCCUUCGAGUGUUUGGAGAAUUAUAACUAACUUUUAAUGUGUUUUUGACAUCUGAGAUUUUUUUUUCCAAUACAGAAAAAAAUAAAGGCUUGUCGUUUGUUCAGAA